AUGGAUUUUAGAAUUUUGCCUACAACCAAAAUGGAGGGAGACUCCAGAAAAGGUGCAGCACAGAGGGAUCUGGGCUUUCUGAGACGUGGAACGCAGAAUGCUAGCGUGCAGGCGCAGCAAGUAAUUAAGAAGGAAAACGGAAUGGAAGAGAACGGAAAAUGGAAAAACAAGCAGAUACGAGGGCUUCCGUCGGGGCAGCUCCUGAUAUGUCGGAACUACAAAGGGGAUGUGGAUAUGUCGGAGAUCGAGCACUUCAUUCCGAUGUUAACACAGAAGGAAGAUGAAGGGGCCGUGUCUCCGCUGCUGACUCGUGGCAAAGUACACUUUCUGUGGAUUAAGCACAGCAACCUGUACUUGGUUGCAACGACGACAAGAAAUGCAAACGCUUCACUUGUCUACGCAUUUUUGUACAAAGUCGUCCAGGUCUUCACCGAAUACUUUAAGGAGCUGGAGGAGGAGAGCAUUCGAGACAACUUCGUCAUUAUCUAUGAGCUCCUGGACGAAGUGAUGGAUUUUGGUUUCCCGCAGACGACAGACAGCAAGAUCCUUCAGGAGUACAUCACGCAACAAGGACACAAACUGGAGGUAGCUGCACCACGCCCUCCGGCUACCGUCACUAACGCGGUGUCCUGGAGGUCGGAAGGCAUCAAAUACAAAAAGAACGAGGUGUUUAUUGACGUCAUUGAAGGGGUCAAUGUGUUGGUCAGCGCCAACGGGAACGUUCUGCAGAGUGAGAUUGUCGGCAGCGUGAAGCUCCGGGUUUUUCUGUCCGGAAUGCCGGAACUCCGGCUGGGGCUGAACGACAAGGUGCUCUUCGAGCUAACAGGACCUGAAGGACAAGGGGCAACAGAGGCAUUGCAUCACGUGCCAGCCAUGGGGCACACUGGCUGGAGAUGGGCACUGAUUCGGUUGGCGGCUGCUUGCCCCGGAGGACAAGCACCUGAGCAGCGCUGUGAAGAGCUGAAGGGACUGGCAAAGCACAAGAAGUUUCGGAGUAAAAAUCUCUCGCUGGAUUUGAAUCGCCUGAGGACUGUCGGACAGAUUUUUCUUCAGUUGGUUCAUGUGAAACCUUUGAUUUGGAUUGAAUCUGUAAUCGAGACGUUUUCCCACAGCCGCGUGGAAUAUCUGAUCAAGGCCAGGAGUCAGUUCAAGAAGCAGUCGGUGGCCAACAAUGUGGAGAUUGUAAUCCCUGUGCCCAGCGAUGCUGAUUCACCCAAGUUCAAGACGACCAUGGGCAGUGCCAAGUGGGUUCCUGAAAACAACACAGUAGUGUGGACCAUCAAAUCCUUACCUGGCGGGAAGGAGUAUCUAAUGCGAGCUCAUUUUGGCCUUCCAAGUGUGGAGAGUGAAACCACCGAGGGGAAACGGCCCAUCUCCGUCAAGUUUGAGAUCCCGUACUUCACUGUCUCGGGGGUGCAGGUGCGGUACAUGAAAAUUAUAGAGAAGAGUGGUUACCAGGCACUGCCGUGGGUGAGAUAUAUAACUCAGAGUGGAGAUUACCAACUGCGGGUACAUUAACAACCGAGAAAUAUUAACCCUUACUCUGCCGUAUGGGGGAAAGAAAAACAGGCUGGUUCUUCCCACUGAACCAGUGGCUUUCGCCAUCCCAUUAAUAUCUCUCCUGAUCCAUUCAUGCAAUCAUUUAUUGUAUCACUUUUGUCACAAAUGCUCACCUCUUGAGUAGAGAUUGGCAGCAAAUACUUUGUGAAGGCAGCCUGAUGUAGCACCAUGCAAGCAUGACGAGGCUGUUCAGCCCCUUGAGACUGUCCUGUUAGACCGACUCAACGCUCAAAUCCAUUUCACCUUUGCUCCGCAUCCCUUCAACGUCCUUACUGAAGGAAACUCGCUCACCGUCUUGAAGAUUGUGCUUGACCUUUUGAGAAUCCCAAAUGCUUCCCGAUGUCACCCCUGGUUAGCCAGGCACCUAUCUUAAAGUGAUGCAGCCAUAACCUGGAAAUGUCCCGGCUCAGCGGUUUGAGAAUUCGAAUUCCGAUUUCUUCUUCCUGGGGAUUAUAAACUUGGAAAUUUAAAGCAUCGUUGGAAAUGACUAUGCAGCUGUCAGAUUGGAAACAGAGAGAGUGUUACACUGGGAAGGGCAGUACCUAGAGGCUGCAAUAUAAGGUAGUUUGCAAGAAAUCCAACAGGGAAGUCAGGAGAAACUUCCUUAUUCAGGGACAGAAAUAAGACUGAGACACUUGCCACCACAGGCAGCGGUUGAAGUGAAUGGUGUAAAUGUGUGUCAGGGGAAGCAGAUGAGAGAGAAAGAAAUGGAUAGUAACAAUCCUGGAUUUAGAUGAGUAAAGGUGAGAAGCAUUUAUUGCCUAAACCUAAUUCAGAGUCAUUGUGUCAUACAGCACAGAAAAAAUUCCCUUCACUCUAAG